GAAAAUGCGAUCAUAAUUAAACGUCACCAAAAGAACUGUCAAGAAAUUUUUCAUCACACAUUAUCUACAAUAGUUAAAAACAUUUUCAUUGCGUAAUAAUUAAAUAAUACCGAUUUAAUUUAAAUUUAUCCUUUGGCCAUUUUGUUUUCGGUGUGAUUCAAGAUGGCGACGUGUGCGAUGCGCACGGCAUGGCAUGCAUCGGGCGGAACGUUGAAAUCCUCGUCAAUAUACCCAAAAACCUUGCUAAAUGCACUUGUCUGCCCCAAUGCGCCGAACUCAAUUAUUAUUCACACACAAAAAAGAUCGUUAUUCGUUUUACCAUUCGGUUUGGAUGUUGGUUUGCUGGGCUUAUCAGCUUAUUAUUUGACGAGACUGAGGAAACCAGAGCCAGAGAAUGUUAUCAACAUAUUUGGGCCAGAGCCCUGGAGUAAAGAGAGCCAGACGUGCCCUGAUAAAGUGGUGCGAUGCAUCGCGCAUAGGGGUGCAGGUUUGGACGCACCCGAAAACACUUUGGAGGCAUUUAAAUAUUGUGUGGAACGCGACUGCCACAUAGUCGAACUGGACGUGCGGACCACGAAGGACGGCAAGCUGCUGCUGCUGCACGACCAGGGUCUGGAGCGGCUGACGGGGAAGGACAUCACCAACGUACACAACAUGGAAUGGGACAAGCUUAAGGACAUUGAUGUGGGGGCUACGCAUCCUAACAGAAAGCAGUUUAAAGAUGUUAAACUGUGUCUUCUGGACGAUGCCCUGGACUACCUGAUGGCCCACAAGGUCAGGGUCAUCAUCGAUGUCAAGGGAGACAACAGAAUGGUUGUAAAUGGUAUCCUGAAGACGUUUGCUGCGCGGCCCACGCUUUAUCAAUACGCAGCCGUCACUUGUUUCAAUCCAUUUAUACUUUAUCAGAUACGUAAGAACGAUCCUCAGAUCGUGGGUGCGCUCAGCUAUAUGCCAUACGGGUUUAGCUCACAGGAUUAUAACGCAGAACAGGGACCGAAUAACCCAAGGUUCGCGGACAACCUGGCCCUGCACGGGCUGCUGCGCGCGGCGGACGUGACGUACGGCCUGCUGUGGCGCUGGUGCGCGCGCUGGUGUGCCGUCAGCGCCGUGUUGCUGCACAAGGACAUCGUCAGCCCGAGCGAGGUCCAGUACUGGCGCUGGUUGGGCGUGCGCUGCGCGGGCUGGUGCGUCAACCGGCCGCUGGAGAAGCUCUACUGGCGCGGCGUGCUCAAGGCGCCCUACCUCGCCAACACGCUGCUCGGGGAGCCCGACAUGGAGAAAAAGUAUGAAGAGAACAGUUACAGCAAUUUGGAUCGCGCCGGUACUAUCGUAGACCACCUACUAGAGUCCGAUCGCAAAAUGUCGUCCGGACAGAAUUGAUUUUUAAUAUUUAUAAACAAAAACGAAUAAAAAAAAUAUGACGCCAUUUUUGCGCUGUCAAGCGGUGUGAGUUUCGGGUUAUUUUUGUUUUGUUUUUCGUUGCGUUUUGUGAUGUUUUUGAGUCUAUGAGUCGUUGUUUAAAUAUACAAAGUUUUAAAGUAGUUGUUCGGUAGUCAAGGAAUAUAUAAAAUGAAAGGAGAUCUUUCUUUUUCAAUCGAAUGGUAUCGAUAUUUCCUUAUUGACUGGAAGAAAUGUCGAAACAUACUCAUUACCCUCUUUUAAAGUCCAGAUAACACAUUAUUCAAGGUCUGGGCAAACAUAUGUUGACAGUUUUGCACAUUUUCCACUUUUUAGCCUUGAUUUCAUUUCAAGUUGACUAGCAUUUUCUACUUCUUUGUUUUAAUUGGAACUCUUUUCAUGAUACUGUCAUAUUGUCGGUACUGUAAUACAGUAAGGACAGCAAAUUCAUUUUUGCCGGUGCCAAAAAUUUUAUCUAUAUUUUUCCUUAUUUUGACAGCUUUUCCAGUACAUGACUGCGCUGCUAGCGCCGCUGUCGCCGCCAUUAAUAAGUUUGUAAAACAAUAGUUUUAAUACGACUCGACUGACUCAAAAUGUCUUAUUUUUUUUACUAAAUCAAACCCUUGACAUCGAAAAAACGGCGUUUAUUAAACGAUUUGUACAAACGAAACCAAAUUAUUCGUAGAUAUAGAUUUUUUACGAACUUCUUAGGUUAGAAGUUUGCAAUUUAAGUCCGAAAUUCGUUACCAGAGGGCGGUAUCAUGUCAAACAGAAUUGUAAUUGUGGAAACAAAAAGCAUACAUGUACGUAUGUGUAUACACACAUGGGCGUAUCCAGCCUUGGGCUCAGGUUGGGGCAUCAGUCAACUUAUCCCCGUAUUUUUUCUUCCCAUUAAUUAUACCAGCCUCACUUGGGCAAGUUUCCAAAACUGGGCACAGACCUUCAUCUUGAGGAUUAAUGCGUUGUAAAUUUUUCUGGUGUAACUUUCUUACGGGUAAUGUGAGGGGUCAAGUGCCCCAGCUCGCCCCAGUGUGGCUACAUAUAACUGCGUCUCGCUCCCACAACUACAAUUCUAGUUCACUUGGUACUAAGCCUUCAGAACCAAAAAGGUCAUUAAUAUAUUUAAAAGAAAAUUUCAUCAUAUCUGUAUUCGGGUAAAAACAUUUUCUUCUUCUUAGAUCAACGAAUCUUCGCGCCACUGUAACGUAGAGUCGCCUCGCAAAAUGAAAGAGUCUGAAUAAGUGGAGAUGAGAGGCAGCGGUGAGGCUUCCGCCUCUUAUGGAGUCGCCUGCCCCGAGUGCAGCGGACUUGACAAUUUAUAUACCUUACGACCUGUUUUACCGACCGCGACGUCACAACUUUCGCACAGCGCCAUCUAGUAUCAAAUUUAGUGAAGCUUGUAUUAUGAGUACUAGACAACUGAUAUACACACUUAUAUAUUAUUAUGAGUACUAGACAACCGAUAAACACACUUAUUUGAACCCCAGGUUUUUUGACAAUGUUUUGGUUCACAAUUUUGUCAGUGGUGUCUCGAGACUUUUAAUGAAAGAACUUACCAGUUUUCGUUUAAACCACAUCACGUUUCUACCCAUUUUUAUCAUACUUGACCUGGUUUUCACUUUUCAAGUCUUCUAGACUAUGUUAAAGUUACUUGUUUCAACUUAAAAAAUAAUUCUCCUUUUAAUUAAUAUUUAAUUUAGCUGUUAGCACAGAUACUAUAAUGCAUAGUUCCUCUUUGUCUAUCCAUUCAUAUUUACAAUCAUAGAGGCAUGACGUAAGAUCCUUCAAUCCUGUCUAUCUUAGUUUCAAUUCAAUUUAUAGUUACAUAUUCGGCAAGAUUCAUAAUAAUACUUUAUUAAUUUAUCUAUUCAAGGUCAAAGAGGUAUUAUAAACAACAAAAACCGAGUUACCGUCGACGUUUAGCAAUAGGUAAAAUAAAACAUAUUAGCGGUAAAAUAGGUCGUAAUUUUCCAAAAUUUCUUAUCCAUCGUCAGUGAGGCGUCUGUAAGCCUUGCCGCUGCGCUCGAGGCUCCCUUAAGGUCAGUUUGAGGUCAUAAGGUCAUCAGCUGGGACCAAUACAUCAUACAUCGAAGUUAAGACCACGUUCACAUCAAACGUAUAGUCAUAUGCCAACUGUGAACGACCAUUAAACUGAGAAAUUAAUUCUUAAUUAUUAACAAUGAUAUAAACCAAAGAUAAAAUAUAAUAUUUAAUUUAUUACGUAUGAAAUUUGUUUUAUAAAAAUAAUAAAUUCGAUUUUUUGGAUAUGGAACCACGCUGAUGGCCCGUUAUGAUUAUAAAUUAUGAUAUAAUCUGUGUAAAUAUAUAUUUGUUUUUGUUUUUGUAAAUUGAUUGCAAUAUUUAUUGAUUAUUUAUUGAGUUGGUGACUAUUUUUCUUUGGCCUCUAUUAUAGUAUGCUUCACUUGUGACGUUUUCAUUUGUGUGAUAACAUUGUAAUAUGUAUUCUUGUUUAACAUUGUGGUGUGCAAUUUUGAAUAUUAAGAUGACAUUGCUAUAUUGACGUUGUAAUAAAAAGAACUUGAAAAUUAUAUAUGACAAUAUUGUUAGUCUUUACACCAACGCGACGGUGUUGCUUCGAAUCGUGACGAAAAAUGUAGCUGUCAUUUUGCCAGUCGAGCGUACUAUAGUACAGGCCAAUUGUACUUUUUUCCGUUGUUAUAUUGUUUAAAACCUGUUGUUUUUUUUGUGUUCGUUUCUCGAAUAUCCACAUUAAUAUAGAGAUAUAUUUUAUUAUUUUUGCAAUAAAAUAUAUUCUAACGAACAAAUUAAGUGU